UUGGUCAAAAUGGCGACCACGACAACGGAUGAUUCCCGAAAAGAAAACAAUCAUGAUUUGACACGCGAAAGGAGCAAUGCAUCAUUCAACAUCAAUGAAAUAACAGAGAUCAUAGAUGGAGGUGUAGAGAAAACAAAAUUUAGAAAAGAAAUGGAAAAACUGUUGUUUGAUGAUCCUAUGUUCAAGGAUUUUUACAAAACCUUCUUCAAAACCCGGUCAGAAUUGUAUGAAGAAUCAAUUGCCAGAGGAGUAAAAUUAUUUAGUCUAAGACAGAAGUACAAGUGGACUGAUGAACAAUUUGAGGUCGUAGAGGAUCUUGUGAACCAUUUGUUUGGCAUGAGUCUGCAUUUUACGAUGUUUAUUCCAUCAUUAGAAAGGCUAGCCACUGAAACACAAAAGGCAAAAUGGUUACCACUUGCAACAAAUUUUAAAAUUCUUGGCACUUAUGCACAGACAGAAAUGGGACAUGGUACAUAUCUUCAAGGUUUAGAGACUACAGCAACAUAUGAUCCUGUGACAGAAGAAUUUAUACUUAAUACACCACACAAAUCUUCUAUGAAAUGGUGGCCAGGGUCAUUGGGGAAAUCCUCAACUCAUGCAGUAGUGCAAGCUGUAUUGAUCAUUAACGGAAAGAAUUAUGGAAUGCAUCCAUUUAUGUUACAGCUAAGAAGUUUGGAUAAUCACAUGCCUCUACCAGGUAUAGAAGUUGGUGAUAUAGGACCAAAGAUGACACUUAACUAUAAUGACAAUGGAUUUCUUCUGUUAAAAAAUGUACGGAUUCCAAGACAACACAUGCUGAUGAAACAUGCUCAGGUAUCAAGUGAUGGAAAAUAUACCAGUUCAGGACCAAAUAAAGCCAUCUAUGCAACAAUGGUCUUGGUCAGAGUUAAAAUGACAAAGUGGGUUCAUGAUGCUUUGAGACAAGCUAUAACUACAGCUAUUAGAUACAGUGCUGUUAGACAUCAGUCUAAAAUGGAUGAUAGUGGACCAGAACCACAGAUUAUUGACUAUCAAACUCAGCAGUAUAAACUGUUUCCAGUGUUGGCUGAUACAUAUGCUUUGUUCUUUAUGUCAAGAAAUUUACGAAGACAGUAUAACAGAAUGAUGGAGGAAAUUAGGAAUAAAGGAAGUUAUAAAAUGUUAGCAGAGAUUCAUAGCAUUUCGUGUGGUUUGAAGGGAUUAUCCUCUAAGAUUGGUAUAGAUGGUGCUAGUAUAUGCCGUACAGCUUGUGGAGGGCAUGGUUACCUUAUGGUAGCAGGAAUAUCAGAAGUCUUAGGUUUACUUCAUUCAGUUGUCACUGCUGAAGGAGAGUACACCAUAGUAUUAUUACAAACAGCAAGGUAUUUGAUGAAACAGAUCGCCAGAGUAUCUGUAGGAGAGGUAGUGACAGAAAGUUGUGAGUACCUAAAUGUUGACCCACAGUCUUUUAGUUGUCCACUACAGACACUGGCAGACUGCUUUAACCUAACAUUCCUAUGUGAUAUAUUCAGGAAUAGGGCUAACAGUUUAAUCAGAUCAGUGGCUAGCAGACUUCAGAUUGCGAUAGAAUCGGGUACACCACAACAUAUAGCCAUGAAUAACAAUUUACAAUCAUUAGUGCGAGUAGCUGAGGCACAUUGUGAGACUAUAAUGGUGCUAGACUUUACAGCAGCAGUUACCUCUCUUAGAACCAGUCCAGAAACAAUUAAAGUAUUGACAUCAUUAUGCCAGCUACAUGCAUUACAUACAAUUGUAAAAAAUGCAGGAGAUUUUAUGGAGACAGAAUCUGUGGGACUAGAACAGAUGAAAAUGAUAAGGGAACAGGAACUGAAACUUUUAGAAAUAAUCAGACCAAAUGCAGUCGCUUUAGUUGAUGCCUUCGAUCUUCACGAUGAUUCCUUAGGGAGUUUGCUUGGUGUAUAUGAUGGACAUGUAUAUGAACGAUUGUAUGAAUCUACAAAAUACAACCCCAUGAAUCAAAAAGAGGUUCAUCCUUCAUACUAUAAAUACCUGAAACCACUUAUGUCUGGAGAGAUGAUAUCAAAACUUUGAUGAUUGUUGUCCUAAUAGACAAAGUUAUAAACAUUCAAAUUCACCUGUAGUUUAAGUUGUGAACAUCGAUAUACUACUGUUGCCUUUAUUUAUGAUGAAUUGUUAUUGUAAUUUAUAUUGAAUAGAUACGAUAUGUUUGAUUAAGAUUUUUUACUGAUAUUCAUAAUCAAAUUUAGAGUUAUAAAAUGUUUAUUUAAUUACCCAAAACACAAAAGGGAUGAUGAAUACAUCUGUUCUAUCUAUCCGUAGAUAAGAAAUAUUGUCAUUGUUUUUUUACUUCUAAAUAUAAAAAAACUUUUCCGAUAUACAGUUUCUGAUUAUGACCAGCAUUAUGUGUAGAAGGCUAUUGAUAAAUAAUUGGAUGUUGCUCUAGAGAAAAUUAUUAUUUUGAGGUAGAUUAUUGAGAUGUUGUAACAAAUAGGUUGUUUCUUCCCUGAACUUAGAGGUAGACUCCUCCUAGUUAGAUUUGACCUAGUAUAUCAAUUUGUUUUAUUAGUGUUGCAUGAUGGAAUAAUUUUCAAAUCGGAUGAAAUUUGUUGUUUUUUACUUAUUAUAGACUUUUGUUUGUUAAUGUAUAUUCAAGAACCAAUGCAAACCAAUUUAACAUUUUAUAC